CUAUCUACACACCUUGACCUGACGCUAUUUCUGACGUUUGUCAAACCAAACCCAAUUUUCGAUGGGCGUGUACAUUUGGUCGCAAACAUAACAUUCCUGUUUUAUGUUUAAUUUCUGUUUUAAGUUCACAACUUUAUGUUAAACCGUGUGCAAUGGCAAAAGUGAAUCGUUGGUUGUGCGUAAGCGCAACUUUGCUGUGCUUUGCCACGCUCGCCGCCGGUCAAUUCUACUACGAAGAGGAAAGGGAAGCCAAAAGCAAUAUCGUAUGGUGUGCGACCAGCCAGGAGGAGACGUACAAGUGCCAAAAUUUUACCAAAGCACUUGAGCGGGACGUUGCAUUGUUUAAUGAUUUUUUCAUGAACGUCUCCUGCCAUCACGGGUACGAUCAGGAUGAGUGUAUGGCACUGAUCAAUGAGCGCAGGGCAGACGUUAUGACGCUCGAUGCGGGUGAAGUAUUUAGCGGUGGUAGAUUCCAUUCGCUGAUUCCGCUAAUGCAAGAAGGUUACGAAGGAGGCUUCACACAGUAUCAUGCGGUAGCUGUGAUCAAGAAAGGAUCGCUUCCGGACGUGACCCAUCUGAGACAAUUGCGUGGCAAGAAAGCGUGCUUUGCAUGGGUCGGCAGUCAUGCGGGAUGGACCGUUCCGAUACAUACCUUACAACGGGAGGGAGGAAUGGUGAUUACAGACUGUAACAAUAUCGUUAAAACAGCGACCGAUUUCUUCGGGCCUUCGUGUGCUGUGAAUGCGCUGAUCGAUAAAUACAACCCCAUUGGCGAUAACUCCAACAAACUAUGCUCGCUAUGCACGGGUGUGGUGCCCGGUGGCAAGUGUACCCCGACCGACCCAUACGCUGGAUUUGAGGGUGCGUUUCGUUGCCUAGUUGAAGCAGGCGAUAUAGCUUUCAUGAAGCACACUACCGUUGAGGAAAUGGUAGACAGUGGAUUUAUUCCUGGCGUGACCGUCGAUCAGUUUGAGCUGCUGUGUCGUGAUGGUACACGCCAGCCCGUUACACAGUAUCGGCAGUGUGAAUGGGGAAAUGUUCCCUCGCACGCGCUCGUCGUAUCCAGUGCCACGUCCAAAUCCGACCGCCGACGGUUUAAAAAGUUCUUCACCAAAGCCGUCAAUCUGUAUGCGUCAAAGCAGCGUCGGUUUAACAGUACCACGGAAUCGGGGUACAAUCGUCAGGACGAUCGUUACCGGCCUUAUCAAAACCCCUACACGUCUACUUCUACCACAACGUACUCACCGUUCGCCACUACCGAUCAGAACAUGUAUAACGAAAGCCAACCAUACGAAUCGUUCGAUCUGUUCGAGUCAAAGCGAUACGGCAGACGGUUGAACUUAAUGUUCCAGGAUGCCGCACGCCAUUUAGCACCGAUCGACGACGACAAGCAAAACUAUCAACGGUAUCUGGGUAAAGCGUUGGAUCAAAUUUACGACACACGGUCCUGUCCAGUCGGAAGGAUGAUGCUGUGCGUCACCUCGGAUGCGGAGUACGAAAAGUGCAUCAAAAUGCGAACGGCACUGAAGGCUCAACUGAUCAAGCCGGAUAUGUUGUGCACGAAGGCACAUUCGCACAUAACCUGCAUGCAGCACAUUCAAUCCGGUACCGCCGACGUGGCCGUGCUCGAUGCUAGCGAUGUGUAUACGGCCGGUUUACAUUACGAUCUGAUGCCUUUUAUGUCGGAGGUGUACGAUCUAGGACUGCCCGAGUAUUACGUGGUAGCCGUUGCAAAGGAAGAAGACCCGGACACGGAGCUUACGUAUCUACGGGGUAAAAAUACGUGCCACUCGGGCAUGAACACUGCCGCCGGUUGGGUUUAUCCGAUGGCAUACCUGAUAUCAAACGGAUGGAUUCGUCCGUAUGGUUGUGAUAGUAUUCGUGCCGCUGCAGAAUAUUUCACCAAAUCGUGCGUGCCAGGAGCCAUUAGCAAGGAGUAUAACACGGGCAUACCGUACGAUAAUAUGUGUGACCUUUGUCAUGGUAGCAGCUUCCGGUAUUGCCGCCGUGAUGCAUCGGAAGAUUACUAUGGAAAUUCGGGUGCAUUCCGGUGCUUGGUCGAGGGUGGAGGUCAUGUGGCGUUCGUACGGCAUACUACGGUGAUUGAGAAUACGGGUGGCAAGAAGCGCGAAUGGUGGGCCCGAGAUGCGUUACCCGAUGAUUUCGAACUGCUUUGUCCGGACGGAACCAGGGCGGAAGUAAACGACUAUAAGAAAUGUAAUCUUGGUAAAGUGAAGGCUAAUGCUAUCGUGGCGCGCGGUGGACGAGGAUACAAUGGAACCGAGCUGAAAGCUUACAUAAAUUUGUUUACCUAUGCGCAACAAUUCUACGGCAGGAAAUUCUCCGACGAGUUCAGUUUCAGCAUGUUUUAUUCGGUUCCACCGUAUCACGAUUUAAUCUUCUCCGACGCUACGCGCGGUUUGCGUGAAGUUGACUCCGACAAGCGCUGGUUCGACGCAUAUCUGGGACCGAACUUUAUGCGCGCCCGUCGUAUCACCGAUUGCCAUGCAGGUGCGAGUAGUUUGAAGAUCAGUGCCUUUGGUAGCUUACUGCUUGUCGGCGUGGUAGCACUGUUUUGGUCACCAAACAUAUUUUAGGCAGGUAGAAUGACGAAACCGAGGUACCGGUUUCAUGCUAUGUAGAGUAAAUUCCGUCCAAUAUAGAUAGAUAUUGCAUUGCAUGUUAUUGCAGAUACAGUGGAACAUUCCAGAAUGUAUGGAAGUAUCGACUCAAGCUAGUUAGUCUCGUGUAUUGUACAGUAUUUUUUUGUGAAUCUCUUUUGCAGUAAAAAAAAACAAAUAACGUCGUUAAACUAAUGAACUGAUACCGUCCCGCUAUAAAGCACCAGGUUACAUUCCGUUUUGAAUAUGGGUUUAAAAACAAUCAUGUAUUGUGCUUUCGGAACGAUGUACAAAACAACGUUCAUCCAUCCAUGUAGGAGAAGCGUGUUUGCAUGAUUUGCAUUUCUUAGCGCCAUUCGCCAUUGGCUUGCGGUCUCUAACAAUUAUUCUCAUUUUUCCAGCACAAUGAAACCAUUCAUAUCAACAAGAUACGAAACAUAUAAUUAGACUAGCAUAAAUGAACCGUUGAGGUUUACCUUGUGCCGUCUUCACUCAGCAAUUUUUAGCAAUAUUUUUUUUUAAAUAAAAAGACAAAUAAACCGAAAUUCAAACGAAUAUGGUUGUAGUGAAUAAAGCGAGAAGAAAGAAACGAUUAUUUUACUAAUCAGUCCAGAUUAGAGGGAUUUUCCAUAGCCUUAUAAUGAAUCCUACAAGUCGGGAAACUAUUUACGGGGUAUUGUAUCCCAGAAGAUUGACCCAAUCCCAAUUAUCAAAUUCUUUACAUGAAUUUGAGUAUUUCGAGUGUUAAGUAUCACUUUUAGCUGUUGUAUCCUGUACACAAUGUUAAUCUGUAGAUUCGUAUCCGUUAAUUACAAUUAUUUUCUGUAUUUGGAAAUACCGGUAAGUAAUGUAAGUACCGUAUACAAAAAAGACCAUGUUCAAGAUCGUCAAAAGAUUCUCGACCAUGUCAAAAGAAAAAAAAAAGAAAACAAUUCAUGAAUGAAUGAACACAAUUCCGACCUGUGAGAAGUGGGGAUACAAAGCGAAUGAACUUCUGCGUAAAAGAAUCCUAAGAAAUCUGUUAUUUUCGAAAAUUUACCAUCAACUUUAGAGUGGGAAUGGCAUUAACAACCGAUGAAUACCAGGUCCUUCAGAGCAAUGUUCGAAAAUUUAUCAUUAACUUUGUGGUGGGGAUAGAACUAACAUCAGAUGAAUACCAAGUCCUUAAGAUUAACGGAAAGAAUGUUACAAAUAAAUUACGGAACAGAUGUUUGUCUCAAAUUCA